CAAACUUAGAAAAAAGGGAGAAAAAUCUGACAGACACGAAGACACAUUACUCCACUUUACUCUCUCUCUCUCUCUCUUUUCCCUCUUACCUCUCUCUCAUUUUCUCCGUUCGUACAAAACACGGACUGCCAGUUCCUCCAUUUCUUUCCCUCUCGCGUUAACUAGUAGCUAGUCCUUCCUCCUACUCUUUCUUACAUUAUUAUUCUUCUUGGGCUUUCUCUGCAUGUUCUUCUGCUUUCUCCGUUCGGAUAUGAACUGACGGCAGCAGCAGUAGAGAAUUAAAAUCAGCUGCUGAAGAAGCUGCUCAGAGCUCAUCAAUGGUUUUUAACCUUAAACCCCAAAAAGCCCAAAAAAAACCCCCCCAAAGGCCUGGUCUUUCCUCUGCUCUAGUUUCCUUUAUCGGAAACAAAACAUAACCCAGUCACCUAAUCUGAAAACAAAAGGAGAAAGGGGACCGUAGAAGCAGAAGAAGGAGGAAAGUCCUUUUCUUUUCCCUUUUGUUUUCCCUUCCCCUCUCCCUUCGAUCAUUGUGUAUUGCGUUUAUCUACGCACACGUAUAGUAGCAGCUUGCCAUACAUCUUUAGAUAUGGAAGGAAGCAAGUAAGAUCUAUUUUCCAUUAAUAAAUACUUUAAUCAAACUCCAUAUAUCUAUUUUAUAUGUAUAUUCAUAUAUGUAUAUGUAGCUGCUGCUGCUUCUCCUCCUAGUCUGCUCCUGCUUUGCAUGUACAAGUUGCGGUCUCCAAAUUCUGCUCCUUUGAAAAUGCUCUGUACUCUCUGUUGAGAAGCCCCCAAUACCCAUAAAAGAAAAAGAAGAAAAAGAAAAACAGGGGAGCUUCUCUCUUUCCUUCCCUCUUUCUUUCCUUGGCAAGUUGUUUACCAAAAUCGUACGGCGAGAUCUGGGUUUCUUCUGAAGCUCAAUUUCAAUCCAGCAGCAACCAGGUGGUGGGUGUUUCUGUGGCGAGAUCCGGGCAACUAUUGCAAUCUGAGGUUUGCUGCAGGGUGUUGAGGGAGGCAGGAACAUCAUCUGACAAAGUUGUGUGGUGCUUUUGGAGUUGAGGAAAUGUGGGGGUCCAACUCUUGAAAGAUUUAUUGUUGGGGUUUUGAGUGUUCUCUUUCAUUUCUCUUCCUGGUGGUCAAUCAUUGCAAUAGAGUAGAAGUUGCUGUGGGGGAGUAAUAAGGGUUUGGGCAAGAUUGGCUGCGGAUGAAGGUGAAAUCGGUGGUCUUCUGUAGUAAAACCGGCUUCGGUUGAAACGAGCACUCAAGCAGAACAAUAAGGAAAAAAAGGGGAGGAAAAGGUGGGGUUUUCUUGUGGGAUUUGUCUUCCAAAUGAGGGGCUGCAUAGUGGUGGAUACAGUAGUGUUGGCUUUUGUUCUCUUUUCGUGGGAUAAAAUCGCUUGAUUGAUUCUUGCCAGUUUUGGGGGGAGUUGGCUUGUUGAAAAGGCAAGGAAGGGCGGAAUAGAGAAGAAGAGGGUAUGAAGGUUGUGCUGUAUUCUGGGAAGAUGAAGAAGAAGGUGAAAGUUGUGUGUGUGGGUUGAUGUUCGAUUGGUAGUGGUGGGGUUUUUUCCUUGUUUGGAUCUUCUGAAACUAUUUGUGAGGGGUUGAAUCCAGUUUGUAAUCAUGAGGCUUUCUUCAGCUGGUUUUAGUCCCCAACACAACCAAGAAGGUGAGAAGAGGGUUCUGAAUUCUGAACUUUGGCAUGCUUGUGCCGGUCCUCUUGUUUCGCUCCCUGCUGUGGGAAGCCGGGUUGCUAUAUCAACCAACAGGGAAGUUGAUGCUCAGAUCCCUAAUUAUCCAAGCUUGCCUCCACAGCUUAUUUGCCAGCUUCACAAUGUGACAAUGCAUGCAGAUAUCGAGACAGAUGAAGUUUAUGCACAGAUGACAUUGCAGCCACUGAGUCCGCAAGAACAAAAGGAUAUCUACCUGCCAGCAGAGUUGGGUGCCCCUAGCAAACAACCAACCAAUUAUUUUUGCAAGACUUUGACUGCCAGUGACACUAGUACUCAUGGAGGCUUCUCCGUUCCUCGUCGAGCAGCUGAAAAAGUGUUCCCUCCUUUGGACUUUUCCAUGCAACCUCCGUGCCAGGAGUUAAUUGCUAGGGAUCUGCAUGAUAACGAGUGGAAAUUCAGGCAUAUCUUUCGCGGCCAGCCUAAGCGGCAUCUGCUUACAACAGGGUGGAGUGUGUUUGUCAGUGCCAAAAGACUUGUUGCAGGCGACUCGGUUCUUUUCAUCUGGAACGAAAGAAAUCAGUUACUCCUUGGCAUUCGACGUGCUAGCCGCCCUCAAACCGUGAUGCCUUCAUCGGUCUUAUCGAGUGAUAGCAUGCAUCUGGGACUUCUUGCUGCAGCUGCCCAUGCAGCUGCAACCAAUAGUCGUUUCACUAUAUUCUACAAUCCAAGGGCCUGUCCAUCUGAAUUUGUCAUUCCACUGGCGAAGUAUGUCAAAGCAGUCUAUCAUACUCGGGUGUCUGUUGGCAUGCGCUUUCGGAUGCUUUUUGAAACUGAAGAAUCAAGUGUCCGCCGCUACAUGGGUACAAUAACUGGCAUAAGUGAUUUAGAUUCUGCUAAAUGGCCAAAUUCCUAUUGGCGCUCAGUCAAGGUUGGCUGGGAUGAAUCGACUGCUGGAGAGAGGCAGCCAAGAGUAUCUCUUUGGGAGAUUGAACCACUGACAACAUUCCCAAUGUACCCUUCCCCAUUUCCCUUGAGGCUUAAACGUCCAUGGCCACCUGGCUUUCCUUCUUUCAAUGGAAUCAAAGAUGAGGAUCUGGGAAUGAACUCUCCUCUCAUGUGGUUUCGAGGAGAUGGAGACCGUGGACUUCAAGGAAUGAACUUCCCUGGAAUGGGUGGUGUUGCACCAUGGAUGAUGCAACCAAGGCUCGACGCCUCUUCCAUGCUUGGGCUUCAAUCCGAUGUUUACCAAGCCAUGGCUGCUGCAGCUCUUCAGGAGAUGAGAGCCGUGGAUUCUCUGAAAUCACCAACUGCUUCCCUCCUGCAAUUUCAGCAACAUGACAAUCUUCCAGCUGGUAGGACCCCAUCGUCUUUGAUGCAACAGCCUCAGAUGCAGCAGCAGUCUCAGCCUGGACAGACUCUUCUCCAAGAGAACCAACUCCAUGCCAUCUCUCAGGCUCAGGUUCAAAGUCAGUCAAACUUCAUUCAGCAACAAUUGCAGCAUCAACAGUCAUUCAACAGUAGUCAACAGCAGCAGCAGCAAAGGCCACAGCAACAAAUACAGGUUGAUAAUCAGCAGAUUCCAAAUGCGGGUCAUAAUGGGCCUCAGUUUCGGCCUGCAGCAACAUCUCAAUACCAGUCACCACCAUCCCAGCCCAUGUCCUCACUGUGUCAGCAGCAGCAGCAGCAGCAGAGCUUCUCCGAUUCUAGUGGGAACCACGUGUCAGGCCCUGUUGCUGUCUCUCCAUUACACAGUCUCCUUGGCUCAUUUCCCCAAGAUGAAUCAUCAUCCCAUCUACUCAACCUGUCUCGAACCAGUCCCUUGAUGAAUUCUCCUUCUGAUUGGCCGCCGUCCAAGAGAGCUGCCAUUGAACCUCUGGUUUCGUCCGAAGCUCAUCAAUUCUCCCAGAAUGCUGUUUCAUUGCCUCCAUUCCCAGGGAAGGAGUGCUCUGCAGUGGACGCAGAAGGUGGCAGCGAUCCACAGAGCCAUCUUUUGUUCGGUGUGAAUAUUGAGCCCUCAUCACUUUUGAUGGCUGCCAAUGGAAUGUCUAGCCUUAGGGGAGUAAUUGGCAGUGAUGGUGGUGAUCACAGUGCUGGCUUGCACUUCUCAUCUAACUACAUGACCAACAUGGGAACAUCAGAUUUCUCGCUUAAUCAUUCUGCAAUGGCGGCCCAAUCGAGUUGUGGUGUUGAUGAGUCGGGCUUCAUGCAGUCAUCGGAGAGUUUGGGCCAAGUUAACAACUCAUCAAGUGAUACAAACUUUGUUAAGGUAUACAAGUCGGGGUCCUUUGGUAGGUCACUGGAUAUCUCCAAAUUCAGCGGCUACGACGAGUUGAGGGGCGAGCUGGCUCGGAUGUUUGGGCUCGAAGGACAAUUGGAGGACCCCCUGAGAUCAGGCUGGCAGCUUGUAAUUGUUGACCGGGAGAACGAUGUGCUUCUUCUUGGCGACGACCCCUGGCCGGAAUUUGUGAACAAUGUGUGGUGCAUAAAGAUACUGUCACCACAGGAAGUGCAGCAAAUGGGCAAACAAGGGCUGGAGCUACAGAGCUCGGUUUCAGCUCAGAAGAGGCUCGCGAAUGGAAGCUGCGACGAGUUUGCAAGCCGGCAGGACGCGAGGAACUUGACCACUGGUAUAAAAUCUGUGGGUUCUUUGGAAUACUAGAUCAAAGAACCAAGAAGAAGAAGUCCAUGUGUAGUAAGUUCUCUUUUUUUCUUCUUCUCUUAACUGCUUAGAAGAAUGGGUUAAUCCUCUCCAUGCAGUGUAAUAUCUAGGCGCCGCCACUGUCACGUAUGUAGUAGUAGAGGCCAUGAGUAAGAGAAUGCCUGAUCUUCUUUAAGUCUAUUGAGAUGUUGUUACUGUAAGUCUGUAACUAAGUACACAGGAUUAGGACACCCUGUCCCCUUUUCCCCCGUUUUUUUCAUGUCUAUGAUGGGAAUAUACUUGCAAAAUGGAUAUAUUAUGCAUAUCAUUAGCAGGAAAAGGCUC